AUGUUGCUUCUCUUAUUUGUUACACUUACAUCAGCCCUUCAAUGUAAAGAAUUAUUACCAAAUAAAAUGUAUAGUGUUAGCGAUGCUUUUGAAUGUAUUGAAUCAGUUAAAAUUAAUAAUACAUUUACACAAUACGUUCAAGAAACACUUCAAGUUUUAUUUGAGACAUACGUUUACAAAGACAUUUUAAAAUCACCACCACAACCUUCAUUUAAUAAAGAGUUUUAUACUACAGUUGAUAUUGAUGAACGACUUAAAAACCUUUCAUUAGAAGAGACGUCUUUAUACAAAUUUAUGCAAGAGGUUCAAUCAAUAAUAAAUGAUGCUCAUGAUUACCAUCUUUCAUUUAGAUUAUCAUCUGAUAAAGAUAACCAUUAUUACUAUGAUUUUAUGUAUGCCGUGUUACCGUUUAUACCAGACAUUGUUGAUAAUGAAGUUGUUCUUUAUAAAAACCCAAAUUAUGAAACAUUUGACUCUCAAAUCCCACAAACUAUUAUUGACAAUGUUAAUAUUCCUGUUGUUAGUAUUAAUGAUAUGUCUCCAAUGGAUUUUAUUAGAAAAUUUGCUUCUGAACAAACAUUUCUUAAAACACCUCAUGGUAGAUUUACUUAUGCAUUAGAGACAAUGAGUUUUAUUGAAUUGAGAAGAACUGUAAUGGAUAAAAGCGUAUUAGAAGAGCCAAUUAAAGUCACUUAUUCUAAUAACCAAACAGUGAGUAUCAAUUACAGUAUUCUUUACAUUCCUUUAGAAACACUAAGUAAAGAAAAACAAAAAAGAAUUAAUGGUAAAAGAAAUGGCUAUAAUGAUGCUAUUAUAACUAUUGAUGAUUUUGUUGAUAGCCCAAUUAGAAAUAAUCCAGGGUUAUAUGAUUAUCAAUCAUUAGAUGGUAACUUAGCUUGUAAAAUUGAUAAUGAUAUGAUGAUGAAUGUUAUGAUACUAAAAACAUUCUAUCCUGUUGAAGAAGUUAUGAAUUUUGGUGAAGUUAUGAAUAGUUGUAUUAGUUCAUUUGACAACAAUGAAUAUCCAAUUACUAUAAUUCUUCCAAUGAAUGGAGGAGGAUCUGGUGAUCUUGUUUCAAGUGUACAAGAUACAUUUGCCCCACAAGGAGAUUCUGAUAUGAUUGGGUCAAUGAGAAUUUCAAAAGGAACAGAAGGAUGUAUCAAAUAUGGAUAUGGUAGUUAUCUCCAAAACCCAGAAAAUUGUCAAGAAAGAUUUAAUAGCUCUAAUCCUAACUCAAAUGACUUAGGAGAAUGGUAUAACUCACCAAAAAUUACUCUAUAUGGAACAGUAGAACAUAAACGUACUCAAGAAUCAAUUAUUCAUUCAAUGGAUUUAAUUAAAAAUACAUUAGAAAAACAUCCAAGAAAUCCAACAGAUAUUAUUGUUAUGACUGAUGGAUUUUGUUAUUCUGCAUGUAGUGUAUUAACUAAAGCAAUGGUAGAACAAGGUAAUGCUAUUGUUGUUGGAUAUGAAGGAGAUCCAAAUGGAAAAAUUGAAGAGUUUGAUGCAGGUAAUUCACCAACAGCAGUUGUAACACAAAAUGAACUUCAGAUUCCUGAAGCUGAUAACUUAAAAAGUAUUAAUGGUGAAAUGAGAAUUUCAUUCAUAGAAACAUUUGCUUGGGAUUAUUCAUUUAAUCAAACAAUUCCAAGAGAAUUUUUAAUUCAUCCAGUUGAUGAAAGAGUUAAUUUAUAUAAAUUCUUUGACAAUAAACUCGGACAAUUUAUAACCAAAGCAAAAGACAUUCAUACUAAAUAUCAAAGUGAAUGUAAUCCAAAUAAUAAAAGAUUAGUUAAAUAUUCUAAAGAAUGUGAUCAACAAAUAUCUAUGGAACAUGCACAUGGAGGAUUUAAAUGUGGUGAUGAUGGUAAAUGGAGUAAUCAAUGUGUUGCUGCUUAUUGUGAUAAAGGAUAUAAAUUUGAUUUUUAUAACCAAAAAUGCAUUAUUGAUACUUGUGAGUCUAAAGAUGAAUCUACUGACUCUUCUCAACAACCAGACCCACAACCAUCAGAAGGAAGUUCUUCUCAACAAAGUUCCUCUUCUUCAGGUAAUUCGACAAACGAUAAUACUAUGUUAUACAUUAUUAUUGGGUGUUCUGUUGGAGGGGCAUUGAUCUUAGUAUUGUUAGUUGUUGUUGUGGUUAUUUCAAUCAUUAUUUACAAAAAACGUCAUUCUGGUUCUGAUUACUCUUUAAUUCAAUAA